AAAUAAAGAGUCAGUGACGUAGAAAGAGCGCGACGGGUGCAGGCGGGAAACUCCAAAACACCGUGAACAAAAUGGAUCGCAAGAGUCUGGCGCAAGAGGUGCGUCGAUGGGCAAUAGAGGAGAUGGGCCUUUCAGCGCAGAAGGCACCAAGCGAGGAGAUGCUGCAGAGACUCUUCAUUGGGCAGUGUGCGGACAUAUGGAAGUACGUUAUACGUCACGUCUUCAGCCAAGGGACGGUGAAGAAAAUAGAAGGGAAUCUGUUGUGGUACCAGCAGCUGCAACAAUCAGAGACACAGAGGUCGGCAGAGGAGGAGCAGCGUCUGCGCAGGAAGCAGCUUUGCCAGCAGAUACUGGAUCUUCGCUCAGAGCUGCAACAUCUGCAGGAGCAAAUCCGCUGCUCAGAGCAGGAGAUCGCCUGCUGCAAUUUGAGUAGUGAGCGUUCGCAGGAUAUUUGUCGCCGGGCAAUGCUGCUACACGCUUUCAAAGAAAAGAAAGACAUUGAAAUCGACUUCUUUAACAGCAGUUUUUUCCCAUUACUAGUCCGCAAUACGCACCUGCAGAACGUCAGCCGAUCAUCUCAGAGACCCGUGCAUUUUGGCCCAGCCGAUGGUGGGGAAGAGAACAAUUUCCACUUGGAGUCUGGAGUCCUGAACGAAGUGCGAGAAACCUGCAAUGGCCGGUUUGCCUUCCUGCGCUCUGUUCAUGGCGAUGCUCUCAGAAAUUCAAUAUUAGACAGAGAAAAUGCACUUGACGAGGCACAUGAGGUGUGGAAGAGUGAAUCACAGAAAGUAUGGUGCACGCGUGCCCCCAAUCAUGUCCUGGCAGCUCUAAAACACUAUGCUGUAGAAACCACUAAUGAUCUCCGGAAACUACAGAAAUCGUCUGCACGUCCUACGCUUGUCGUUCAUAUUUCCAUCCCAAAUAAUGACGACGACGAUGAUGAUGACGACGAGGAGGUUAACGAUGAUGAUGUUCAGGCGGUAAAAGAUUUUUUGAAAGGAUGUCAACAGAGCAGACAAGAAAAUCUACCUUCCUUCCAACGACUAUUACAAGAAGGAUGGGAAGACUGUGCUAGGGUCACGUCGGACUUGCACCUCGUUCAACAUCGUAUUGAGAAUCUGUCUGAGAGCUUGUCAUCUGUGAUACAAGAGAUACACAAACACCUGUCAGAAGGCGGUGAAAUCACUGCUCUUACCAGAACUGCAUUUGACGCAGAGCUCCGGGCUGUCCUUCUUCGUGGCUACCGAGAUGGCCUUUUGGGUGAAUGUCGGGAGCUUCAGGAAGCUGUAAUAGAGAAGAAGAAUGAAGCAAAUGUCGUGCAGAACAAGAAGAAGGAGGUGGAGGAGCAAAGCCAGCUGCUGGAAAAGAAGCAAGCGUAUCUCCAGUCUCUGAUUAAAGAAAACUCUAAUGCUAGAGCCCACAUAAAGCGUAUGCAUCAGGAGGUGCGGCUCUUUAUCCAGAACAAGUUGUGUCCCUUCCCUCAGCAGCUUGUCCAUGAAACAGAGCGGCUGCGCGAUUACAUCAGCAAAGAGCUCAAACACUUCUCUGCGAUCUUCCUCCCGUCUUUUCAGAGGGUGUCAGUUGAGGGUGGAAACCAGGUUCCAUUGCACGAACUCUCCAUUAACCGUCUGUCCAAUAUGCGGGGUCCUUACUAUGGCGUCUACAAGGGACUAUACAACAGCAUGGGGCUUUCUCUUUACAGAGCCCCAGAGUGUCUUCUAAAUGUUGUAGCGGAUCUAAAGAAGAAUCUGUUUUUCAUGCACACUCAACUAGCCACCCGCAACAAAGCCAUUCAAAACUUGCAGCAACUUUCAAAUGACCGGCAGAAUUCUGACUCUGAGGCUCUGCUGAAGAUGCUGGCUGACCACUACGGUCAGCAAACCAAUGAAUUGCUACCCAAACUCCAAUUCCUGAUCUAUCAGUGUCGAGAGAGCCAGGAAUACGGCAAAGACGUUCAAGCUGCAAUCACGGACUGGUGGGAGCAGCCAGCUCAGCAGUGUCUGCCGUGGGAGCAGAGAGGGGGUCUGACUCUGCAGCAGUGGCGAGAUCGUUGGACCGUGGCAGUAACCGCACUGCAGAGGGCAUCAGGGGGCAGAAGUUGAGUGUUUUAAGGCAGGAUUGUUCCUGGGGGUAUAUAAACCUUGAGCUGUACAUGAAAACAGAUGGGGAGUUCUAAUGCCAUCUACAGGCUUAAUCUGUAACUGCAACAAAGCUUUUUAAAACUUCCCUUGUGUAUAGAAAUGUAUAUAGAUGCAUGGAGCUUAUUUAAAUCCAGAUUAUAUUUUCUUAUCAUUGUCAUCAUAUUUCUUUGAACCAGAUCUAACCUGCCACAAGCUUGCUUAAAUAGAAUGGUAAUUUCCAAUGAAUUGUAGAUCAAGUGAUUUUUAAUGGAUAUUCAUAAUUCCUAGUGUUUUAUAAAGUAUUCUAUUUUGUUAAUCCCACAAGUCACUGUGCAUUAGUGAAGUCUGUAUUGUGUGCUCUGUAUAGUCCGGUUUCUUGUCUAACUGGUGAGUUUUGAGGUAUUUGCCUCCCCAGCCUUCCUUGGGUUUGAUUAUUUUAACAUUUUGUAACAAAUACAGGACUGGGAUGUUUAAUUAGCUGAUUUUCUGCAUAUCUCCAGGUCUACGUAAAUGACCUGUAGACUCACAUGAACAAGGUUUAUACUGUGUACAAACAUGGUCAUGUCUUCACUGUAUAGAAAUAUGUAUAAAUCCCACAUCAAUAAAACUUUUUUAAAAAA